AUGUCGCCAGAUGCAGACAGAAUCCACCAGGUGACCCCCAGCGGAGACUCUGAGUGUGGCUACCACCGGCCCCGGCACCGCAGGCACUCGCUACGCCGCCGCAACCGGCCUGACGGGAUGGACCGCGACGACGCCUGCCCGGACCAGGCCAAUCACCGUGGCAACGCCGCCGUCUCCGCCUGGGACGAGCUGGGUGAGGUCCGCGGGCCACGGCAAGGCCCAGAGCUACCCCCCCGGGGGCGGGGGAGACCCCCUGGAGUACCCCCCCGCCGAGCAGGACUUCCUGCCCUCAUCGGGCCUGGCCCCGCCCUGGACCACUCGGGACCCCCCUACUCAGCCCCCCCCAUGGAGGUGGGGGGGCUCUGCGGCUACUGGAACGAGCGCCGGGCCAGCCAGCUCUCGGACCGGGCCGUCUACCACCCCCCGCCUCGCCCCGUCCCGCGGCCCGGCCUCCUGGAGUCCCGGCUGGAGCUGCUGCAGAGCCAGCUCAACAGGCUGGAGGGCCGUAUGACGGCGGACAUCACCAUCAUCCUCCAGCUCCUCCAGAGGCAGAUGGCCCCCAUCCCCCCCGCCUACAGCACCGUGCCCCCCGGCCCGCACCCCGCGGCCCCCCCUCACCCCCCCCCGGCCCUGCUGGCCCCCGGCCCCGCCCCCCUCCGCACCGCGCUGUCCAUCCCCCCGGUGCUGGUGGGCGGCGCCAGCACGCCACUACAGAGCCCGGACCCCCAGCCGCAGUCGGAGGAGACCCUGUCCAGCGGCGUCCACCUCACGCCGGGCUCCGACGACACCAUGUCCCUGUCCCCGGACGGAGACCCCCGGCCACGCCCCUCCGUCCUGGGCCUCCGCUUCUCCCUGGCCCCCCCGGGACGACUGUCCGGCGGGCCCCGCUUCCCCUCGCUCCCGGAGCUCCUGGAGACCCCCACGGAGGGCCAGGAGGAGGUGCAGAGGCACCUCUCGGACCCCAGCCUCCCUGCCAGUUAGUCGUCCCCCCCCUCCUGGGGUCCUCGUUUGGGACAGAGCAGGACGAAGGAGUGCGUCGCACCAUGCCGGGUACUGGGACCUCGGUACCGGGUACUGGGUGUCGGGUACUCUGUACUGUGGUGUUCCCUCCCCCCCCCCCCCAAACCUGAACCCCCCCCCCCCCCUCCGUGAUUCACUGGAAGGACCUCCACAGGACCUCCACAGAAGAAGAAGCUUGAUGGGAGAGACCACUGGUGGGUCAAAGGUCGGACCGGAACCCAGGACACUCC